CUCUUUACCUCCACCUUGUUCCUUUACCGGCAACACCGACCGAGACUUAUUUGGUUAACGCACCAGAGGGCAAUGGUCCUCAGUAGGGGGCUGGUCCUGGGACUCCACACCUUGAUGACCCUCCUGAACCCCCAGGAAGCUGGGGCCAUCAAGGCUGACCACAUGGGCUCCUAUGGACCAGCCUUCUACCAGUCCUACGGUGCCUCGGGUCAGUUCACCCAUGAAUUUGACGGGGAACAGCUGUUCUCUGUGGAGCUGAAGAAGAGUGAGGCUGUGUGGCGUCUGCCCGAGUUUGGCGACUUCACGCACUUUGACCCGCAGAGUGGGCUGGCCAGCAUCGCGAUAAUCAGAGCCCAUCUGGACGUCUUGGUGGAACGCUCCAACCGCACCAGAGCUAUCAAUGUGCCUCCAAGAGUGACCGUACUCCCCAAGUCUCGAGUGGAGCUGGGCCAGCCCAACGUCCUCAUCUGCAUCGUGGACAACAUCUUCCCCCCUGUGAUCAAUAUCACCUGGCUGCGCAAUGGUCAAACAGUCACCAAGGGGGUGGCCCAGACCAGCUUCUAUUCCCAGCCUGACCACUUGUUCCGCAAGUUCCACUACCUGACCUUCGUGCCCUCAGCAGAUGACUUCUAUGACUGCAAGGUGGAGCACUGGGGCCUGGACGAGCCGCUCCUCAAGCACUGGGAGCCUCGGGUGCCUAUCCCACUGCCAGACAUCACAGAGACCCUGAUCUAUAUCCUAGGCCUGGCCCUCGGCCUGGUGGGCUUCCUCGUGGGCACCAUCCUCAUCAUCACAGGCACAUGCUUGUUCAGUGCCCCCAGGUAAAGACCCUUCUGAGAGAAACGGAUUGUGGGAGACACCCUGUGGAUUCCUCGCAAGUUUCUGACAGCCUUCACAUGCUCAGUGCCACAGUCUACUGAGUACAUCUCCUCUGUGCUGACUUUGAAUGGGAUCAACCUCUGUCCCAUGGGUUUCCGCCUUUUUGGCCCCAAUACUCACGGCACAACUUGGGGGGGUGACCAACUAUCUCCGCUUCCCACCCCCAACAAACACACACACACACACACACACACACACACACACACACACUUUCUUGCUCUAUCCAAAGCUCUGGCUAGCAGCAGUAUGUUCUUUAAGGGUUUUGCACUGUAUCCAAUUCUCCCAGGGUGUGAGGGAUGCUGGAAUCUGGAAGAGGGGAUUCUUGGUGAUGACCACUGAGCAUGACCACCCAGUACUUGGGAUUGGCAGUCAUCCUCUGGCUGGUCCAGCUAUGGCUUGCUCCAUUUGACUCAUCGGUUUGGGGCCCACUGUGUGUUACUUGUGCAUGGGCCGCUUCACAAGGACUUCAUGAAAUUUGCCUCCUGAAAUAAGAUUCGCCCUGAGAGGGAUGCAGAGUACCCUGUUAAUUGCAACUCUCCUCAACCAAUAGCAGUUCUGCAGGGCACCAGGAGAGGAGAGGUUCAUGGAAAUUCCACUCUUGUCUGGAUUUACUCCGUGAUGAAGAGGCCAUUGGUAUCCAGCUGUGAUCCAUGAUGUCAUCUCCUUUUUCUACAUUGCUUAGAGUGCCGUGCAUGACAAAGAGAGGUCCAAGGCUUAGAUAAGACUUCCCUCAACUUACAGUCAAUCAUAUUGGGUAGGAGGGUAGCAAAGUAGAUCUGCAAGGUGUCUGGUCAGAGGGGAGGUCUGAGAGAUCCACCUGAAUGCUCUCUAAAUAUGUGGCCUGGAAGAUUUUAGUUUACUGUGAACAAAAUUUUAAAAAAUACACAAAGAGAUAAGUAACCAUACAAAGUACUUUAUGUCAAGUACCAAACGAGUAGUACAGAUUAGUAGUUUUCAAACCGAAAUGCACAUAAGAAUCACUUGGGUGUCUUGUAAACAGUACAGGCUUCACCUAGAUCUACUGAAUUAGAAUCUUGGGGGUGGAGGAGUGGUGACAGGGAGUCUGUAAUUUUUUAACAUGCUCCAGAUACGCUGAUGCAGCUGUCCUGGACCCAGUCUGGUAACUGGGACCCACUAACAUAGUCUGUGCGAUUGGGGGCCAGUGGAAGAGGGGAUCCCCGAGGUCUGAGGUGGUCUAGGAGGGCUUUCUGGAGAACCUGGGCCUUUUAGGGCAUAAAAGUUGAGCAAGACACAAGUAAGUAGGGGCAAGAUUGGGGUUUGAAUUGUGAGCAUUUGGUCCUGGAAAAGAAAGACUCCCAGAGAUUAUGGGGUCUCUGCAGACUUCCCAGGAGAGACUAAGUUGGGAGAAAUUAACGGCCAGAAGACUCUGAUGGAAGUGGGGAGGUUCGUCGAGUCAAACUUUUUGUUUGCCAGUAACAGAAACCCUCUUAAAAUGAUCACAGACAAAAGGAGAGGAUAGUUACAAUACAGACACAGGAGCUGUGCCCAGUAUGCAAGGGUGGGUUUUAGCCAGGCCUCACAGGGAACAGAACUCAGAGCUGAAAAGUUAGCAGAACCUAGAGCAGCCUCUCUUGCUCACUCUCUGGGCUAUGUGGUCUGUGAUCUCUAUGUCCCUCUGCAUGUUUGCCAUAUUCUUCUCUCUGGGACUGACUGUCCUUUUCAACUCAAAUGUCCACCCUACAGCUCCUGAGUUUGAAUAUCACCUCAGCUCUAGCCACCCACAGAGACUGUGUCUCCCAAUCACAAUUUUAAGUUCUUGGAAAAAUAAAUGGCCAAACUUGGGGCAGGUGUCCAUCCCAGUCCAAUGUACUGUGACCGAGGGACAAGGUCCCACAGUGCAAACAUGGCUGCCAAGCACCCACCCCUGAGGUGAGGGGUCGGAUUGUCCCCGGAGAAAGAAGAAUGCCUUGGUUCUCAGAAGACACCACAAGAUAUGUCUUUUCCCAUUGUACCCUGAUCUCUGCUGAUCUUUUGCUUAAAAUCUUCACUUGAUGUAUCCUUGGAAGGACGUUUCUCUGAUCUCUGUCCUAAGGUUUAAUAAAGUCAUUAAAAGUA